UCACCCUUUUUCCCCUUUGAUUCGCGUGUAACCUCCGAAGGAAAACCUACUGAGAGGGUCUGAAGAAAGACAGGACACACUCAACGCACACAGAGAAGAGAGGCUCAUCACUGCUUCUACUCCUUCUCCUUCUCAUUCUUCAAUUUUGUUUGAAUGCUUCCUUGUUGUGAAAUCAAUCUCGGAUGCUCAGAGAGAUCUUGUCCCUUCUACAAUGUUCACUUUGUAGAGAGACAAGGGUUUCGUGGAAUCGUUACUGGGUAGUUCUCGAUUUUGGGAAUUUUUGAGUAAUUAGGGUUACGAUCAGAGCUAGAUUGAAGAACCAAGUGCACUCCUGACUCUUGAUUUCGGAAGUAAAGGCCGGGAGCUUUGAUAGCUCUAAGGUUGGAUUUUGGGACAUUGAAUUUGCAGACGUUGAUGGUGAACAUUCUUGGUUCUGGUAUGGAAGAGGACUGUAGCUAUGGAAUUGUGUAGGCAGUGAUCGGGAAUCCGAAUUGCUUGUUUUUGGUUGAGGAUUUCUGGAUUUUUUCCGGUUUCAGCGUGUUUGAUCUUUCAGUAGGGGAUGCUUUUGGUAUUGGGUUUUGGUUGUAAGAGGGAGGUGAUGGUUCUUUAUUGGCCUAGAAGGCAACACAAACGAUCAGAUUUUACUGGACCGUUUUUGUUUCUCAGAAAACCUUUUGGGUUAACAUAGUUUGAGCAGAAUCCGUAACCCAAGUGUUUUUAUAGUGAUUCCUGCAUCUGGGUUCGUUGAGCUUGUUUAGUGUAGUAUAUUACAGCAAGUUGGAUCCAACUCCUAUCUGUGAUGAGCAGUUCUUUUGAAUUUGAAUUUUGGACAAAUCUGCCUCAUUGUGGAAAGGAGGAUUAAGGUGGUUAGCUGUGUGUGGGAGCUUUAGUUUUGAAACACAUAUUGGACAAAUUUGACUGACCUGAGUGAACAUUUGCGGCAAAGGAAAGUUAAAUUUGGUGGCUUUAGAAAUUUACUGAUAGCUUUAUGGAGGAUUAUUGAAGCUGGAAAUGAAUGCGGGGUCAUGGUGCAUGGACAGGAGCAUAGUUGCUGGUCCGUUCCCUUUUUGGAACAGUACAACUGGAAAGUAAUUCAAGUCAUUUUAUGUGUGGAGGGUGCUAGUUUUCUGUAUUCAAGAUUUCUGUGCAAUGUCUCGCUGCUUUCCAUUUCCGCCUCCAGGGUAUGAUAAAAAGGCUAGGACAGAUGAUGCAGACUUACUAAAAAAGGAAAAGCACCGGGAGAAGAAACAUAAAAAGGAAAAGAGGGAAAAAGAGAAGAAAGAAGGUAAAGAAAAAAGGGAGAAAGAUCGAGGUGAUGGAAGACACAAAGAGAAGAAAGACAGAAAGGAUAAACAUAGAGAUAGAAAAAAGGAUAAGGAAAAGGACAGAGAAAAAGAAAAAGACAAAAACAUUACCUCAGAUGAGAAGAGACUUGCAUCAGAAUUUGAGGGUUUUAAUGCAGAGAAACUCAGUCAAAAAGAGGUCAGGGAUAGAGAUAAAAAUAGUGUCUCCAAUGAGAAGAGAUUUGCUGGUCAACUUGUGGGUUACAAUGAAGAGAAGCUUACUCAAAGUAGUCAUCUGGGUGAGGGGAAUAAGGAUUCUAAAUUUCUGCAGGAGUUGGGGAGGAGGAUUAGAGCUGAAGAUGGAGGAAGUGGGAAUCAGUUGGUUGAGAAGUUCACUGGUACAGAUCGAAGAAAGGAUGAGGCGAUGGCCAGGUUGGUGGCUAAAGAUGUUAGUAUUCGGACUGAAGGGAAGGAAAAGAGCAAGGACAAGAGAGGUGAGGAUAGAAAGAUUGAUGGGCAAGGAGUCAGGGAUGAGUCAAGAAUUAGUGGAAAUUCAGUGGCUCAGAGUCUUGCUGGAACUGGUCUUCAUAGGCUUGAAGGAACUCCGAAACCAUUGGAGAAGAAGAUUGAGAGGAGGAUGGAAGCAAAAGAAAAGACCAAAGACAAGGAAGGUGAUGAUAAACGAGGAGAUAAACGUAAGGAUAGAGAUAGAGAGAAAAAAAGUCAAGGGAAGGAGAAAGAUAGGGAUAAGGAGAAGAGAAAGGAGGAGAAAGAAAAGGAGAAAAUUGAACACAAGAACAAAGAACUGGAUAAAUCAAAAGAAAGCAACAAAGAUGAUGUUACAGUUACCCACAAUAUCAAAACAUCACAUCUUCACAAGGACAGCAACAAGAGUGCUGCUACCGAGGGAAAUCACAGGAAACGGAAGGACUCUGACACAAAUGGAUUUUUGCAUGUCAAUGAAGUUAAGCCUAAUAAGUUGCCAAGACCCACUUCUCAUCCAUUGAUAGAGAAUGGGAGGAAAUUGGAACCUUGCCAAACCUCUAUUCUGAUUACUUCUGAUAGGCAAGGAGGGACUGCUAAUAAUCUUAAAGUGGAAAAUAAGGAGCACAAAUUAAAUGGUAUAAUAGGAGCUCAGCCAUUUUCUGUCGCUUCAACAAAGCCUUUGUCUGUGGCUUCACAAGCUGACCAAAUUGCUGAUGCUUCUAAAAAACCGCCCCAUCCAGAUUCCAAGUAUUUAAGUCAGGUGCUUUGGGUACCCAAAAUGGAAGAAUGGUCUGAUUUUGAUGACCAAGAGUGGCUAUUUAGUAGCAGCAUUUCCCAGUCAGAGAAACCCAAGAUGGGUUCUUCUGGAGGUGAUGAGACACCUCAAGUAUGGGCGGAGGCUCUGCAAGUAGACCCAGCUGAUAUCUAUGCUCUUCCAUAUGUUAUUCCUUACUGAUUGGUUUUGAAAACGGCAUGAUUCACCCGUCUAUUCUAUCCAAGGCAGUGGGCCCUCUCUUCAAGGAAGAAAAUAUGGAAGGUAUGGCCAUGUCUGGCUUGUUGGGAAGGAUUUUCUGGUUUUAUUGUUGCAUUCUUUUGUUAUUACGCUCCUCUGUUGCAGGAAGUAUCGAGUGUGACUGGAUUUGCCUUGAUCUGAAAUUGUUUUGUACGGAAACAAAAAUCUGUCACAGAUGAUUGCUUGCUCUUCGGUAGGUUGGGUGCAUCUUUGCAGGGCUAUAGGAUUAGAGGGGGUGCGGUUUUUUGCUCCUUGGAUGGAACAACAACUAAUUCAUUCAAAAUGGAAAAUCCCAUAAGGUCCCAAAAAAGGCAACUGAGGGAGUGUUGCUUACAAAGGGAGAUGAUAUAAAGCUUGUGCGAUUUUUAUUCUAUUUGUUUUAAAGCUGAGAAACCAUCUAAUUGAGAGUGUGAGAGGGAAACUAGCUGUGGUCUUUGCAACUCCACCACAAUUUUGAUUUGUAACAUAGAACUCUUCUUAUUUACAAGAAAUGUAAGAUAGAGGGAAAAUGAAAGUGGUAGUCUCAUUCAUUGAUUCACUUCUGUUGUAAUCGCUGUCUAUACAUCACCAAUCUGCUUUCUGAUUGAA